CAGUGUUUUGUCAUUGAGAGCUCACUGAUCGUCUUCAUCAUGACCAUCAUCUCUCUGCUCCUGCUGGUUUCACUGGUGCCACACCUGACCUUCACUGCUCGUGUAGGUAUACAGGACGGCACUGAAGCAAAACCUCACUCCAGACCUUACAUGGUUUCUCUUCAAUUUUAUAAGCUGCAUAUGUGUGGUGGAUCCCUCAUUACUGAAGAGUUUGUCUUGACUGCUGCACAUUGCUGGGAAGAAGAUGAUGUCCUCACGGUUGUGACUGGUGCUCAUGAUUUGCGUAAAAAAGCAAUUAACAACGUCUAUAAAGUGAAAUCCUACAUCCCGCAUCCAGACUUUAAUUCUAAAACUCUUGAGAAUGACAUCAUGCUUUUGCAGCUAAAGACAAAAGUCAGACUGAGCAACAAUGUUGGACUGAUAUCAUUACCAAAGGAUGGAGAAGAUGUUAAAGCAGAUACUCUCUGUAGUGUUGCUGGCUGGGGGGAUCUGUGGAGUAAAGGCCCAGAGACUGAUCGUCUAAGAGAGGCAGAGACAGUUAUAGUGAAUAAUGCAGAGUGUGAACGCAGAUGGGAAUCUGAUUAUGUGGCCUCUAAGAUGAUCUGUGUUUAUGGUCAUGGUGGAACCUGCAGUGGUGAUUCAGGAGGUCCUUUGGUUUGUGGAGACACUGUUGUUGGUAUCACUUCUUUUGGUGAACCUUAUCUCUGCAAUUCACGUUUGUUUCCUGAUGUGCAUACUAGGAUUUCAGCAUAUCUUCCAUGGAUCCACAACAUAACUGGAAAGGUUUAGUGGCUUCAUGAAAAGAAGAAAUGUUUUUCUUGGAAUCUUCCGAAAAUCAUUCAAUAAAACUAUCAAAUGGCAAGCAUCAA